ACUCGACGAUUCAAUAGAACAAAUCGAAGGAAUUCAGAGACGAAUUGUUUGUUGUACAACCAUUCUGAUCGUUGCUUUUCUCGAUUCAUUGUUGAAAAUUCGAGCAAGAAUGCGUAAAUCUUCAUUUGUUCCACUGCUCAUUGCUGCGCUGAUAAUUGUUGAACUCAACGGAAGUGUACCUGUUGUUGAUGCUUUGUACGGUGCAUCGUCUCCCGUUGUUCAGCUAAACCCUAACAAUUUUAAGUCCAAGGUCCUAAAUUCUAACGGCGUUGUUCUAGUCGAGUUCUUCGCACCAUGGUGUGGUCAUUGUCAAGCACUGACGCCGGCAUGGGAGAAGGCAGCUACCAUCUUGAAAGGCGUGGCAACCGUGGCUGCUCUUGAUGCCGAUGCGCACAAGUCACUCGCGCAGGAGUAUGGGAUUAAAGGUUUUCCCACCAUUAAAGUUUUCGCACCGGGAAAACCCCCUGUAGAUUAUCAAGGUCCUAGGGAGGCCAAGCCCAUAGCUGAAUUUGCCGUGAAACAGAUCAAAGCACUUCUGAAGGAACGACUCAAUGGAAAACCAACGGAAGGAUCAAGUCAGAAAUCGGAACCAAGUGCAUCGGUUGAGUUGACCUCCCAAAAUUUUGAUGAAUUGGUUAUCAAAAGCAAGGAACUCUGGGUUGUGGAGUUCUUUGCUCCUUGGUGUGGACACUGCAAGAAGCUAGCUCCAGAGUGGAAGAGAGCAGCCAAUAGUCUCAAGGGCCAGGUGAAGCUCGGUCAUGUGAAUUGUGACGAAGAAAAGUCGUUGAUGAGUAGGUUCAAAGUGCAAGGAUUUCCCACGAUCUUGGUGUUUGGUGCUGACAAGGAGAGCCCAUUCCCAUACGAAGGCGCAAGAACUGCAUCAGCCAUCGAAUCAUUUGCUUUGGAGCAGCUGGAAACAAAUGCUGCCCCUCCUGAAGUCAUUGAAUUGACUAGCGCUGACGUCUUGGAAGAGAAGUGCGGCUCAGCUGCCAUCUGCUUCAUCUCCUUUCUUCCCGACAUUUUGGACUCUAAGGCCCAAGGCAGGAACAAAUACCUCGACCUUCUCUUAUCUGUUGCCGAAAAGUUCAAAAAGAGCCCUUACAGUUACCUCUGGGCUGCGGCAGGCAAGCAACCGGAUGUGGAAAAACACGUCGGGGUCGGGGGAUACGGAUAUCCGGCUAUGGUGGCCCUCAACCUGAAGAAGAAAGCUUAUGCCCCACUGAAGAGCGCCUUCGAACGCGACCACAUUAUCGAGUUUGUGAAAGAAGCGGGGCGAGGCGGGAAAGGGAAUCUGCCGUUGGAAAGUAUCCCGGAGAUUGUGAAGACGGAGGCGUGGGAUGGUAAAGAUGGACAAGUGAUUGAGGAGGACGAGUUUUCGCUGGAAGAACUCAUGGGAGGAGGUGAUGAUGGUAGUAGUAGUAGUAGUAAGGAUGAGCUGUGAGUCGACCAGUUUUGAUGUCAGACAGACUACUACUACUACAUUGUAGGGGAUUCCUCGAUUCGGUUUCGACUUCGACUUCGAUUUACUAUACGUAAGUAAGUAAAAGGUUAGUUGAUGUUGAUGGAUGCAUGGAGGGAUGGUUGGUUGAUGGUCUUCAGGAAAGACGCCAAAUUUAAUUCACACUUGGAUUUGCUUUCCUGAAUAGGCGGCCUUGGGAAUGUUCGUUUUGUUUUAAAGGGACGUCUUCUUUUCCAA